AUGUCUCUUCCAUUUUCCGGAAAGGAUAUUGCCGAUGAGUUGCAGAAUACGCUUUCUCAGUUCUGUAGUUUUGAUUCAUCCCGCCAGGUUGCACGUGUUCAUGACGGCCAUGAUGCAAAUGCUUUACUUGAGCAGAUUUUGAAGAUUGCCAAAGAUAACGGUAUGGAACAACAAGCCGUUUUUAAUGAAAUCAUGGAACUUGUUUCAACUGCUCUGUUAAGAGGAAAUAUUAGAGAAGACCAGAUUGAGAAAACCGCUCCAGAUGGAAAAAGAAGGAUUAAAGCGUUCAUCAAGAAAUGGGGAUUCUAUACAAGAAAGAAUGCUAAAGAGAAGAGUAUUCUUCGCCCGAAUACAUUGACAUUUUCUCGAAUGAUAUUAUUGUUUCCUCAUAUAGCUAGUGUGAUCUUAGUUUCUUAUCCUGCCAAAUUUAGAAACAGAUUUCCUGAUACUUCAACCAGAUAUCCAGCCCAGACUUCAAGCUUCCAAUAG